UAAAUUUUGUACAUUUUAACAGAGAAAACACGAUCGGGUCGCUAAAAAGGGAUCAGUUUUCAACGUGGAACGCAUCUCGACGUAACAUCCGUUUGCCAGUCAGCAGCAGAUGGAGCAUUGAUGUGCAUCGGUGUCGUGAGGAAGAAGACCCCCCUCCUCAUUUCUGCAUCCACCGACGUGCAGACAGAGGGCAGCAGCAGCAGGGUUCUGACCACGCAGGACAACCAGCAGCAUCAUCUCCAUCAUCCACCAUCCUCGCCCAAAAGGACAACCUCUCCAGGAGCGCAGAGGCACGGACGCUCGUUUCUAAAACAGUAAAAAAGCCACAACCUCUUCAUCUGAAGCAGCAAGAUGCUGGCCUGCACGGAGCUGAUCACCAUGUGUCUCCAGUCCGCCAAACACGAACACCUGAGAAAGCAGCAGCAGCAGCUUAACCACAACCAGAACCAAGGCAUCGCUCUCUUCAAGGAUAUUUUUCGCCGGGCAGAUAAAAAUGAUGACGGGAAGCUGUCCCUGGAGGAGUUCCAUUCAUACUUCAGCGACGGUGUCCUCACCGAUGAGCAGAUGCAGGAGCUGUACUACUCCAUCGACAGGCAGCAGACAGACAACCUGGACAUAAACGAGCUGUCAGAGUACUUCACUCCACAUCUGGGAGAAUACGUUAAUGUUCUGUCUGCACUGGAAAAGCUGAACGUGUCCAUUCUGAAGGCCAUGGAUAAAACUAAGGAGGAGUAUCAGGGUUCAUCUGUGCUGGGUCAGUUCGUGACACGGUUCCUGCUGAGGGAAACCACCACCCAGCUUCAGUCCCUCCAGUCAUCUCUAGAUUGUGCGAUGGAGGCCGUCCACGACCACGGGAGCACAGAAAGGAGGACCCUGAAGGAACCAGAAGACCUGUCGAUCCAGAGAGUGACCAAGAGGCCCAGCCGACGCAUCCAGAAGAACAUGUGUCUAUCCCCGACCGACCCCUACUCCGGCAUGCUCACCACAGGGGUCAGCGUGGAGCCGGAUAAUCACUGGGGCUCCCAGAUCAACCAGAUGGAGCAGCAUGUAGACAAAAUGGAGUGUGAGAGUCCACAUCUUGAACCUCUCAAAGAAGACACGCUGGCAGGGACGUAUAAAUCAAACAUUCUUCUGGUUCAGAGACAAAUGUCUGUGAAGGAGCGAGACGUGGAGCAGUUUCAACAGGCUCUGAAAAUCUACUCAGAUGCCACCAGCAGCCAGCUGAACAACCUUCACAUUUCAGUCCAAAACUUGCCAGACCGAUCGUGCUUCAUCAUGUAUGAAUUUUGGCAGGAUCGUCUCUCCUGGAUGAGCUACCUUCAAUCGUCCAUCAACAAGACUUUCCAGCGCUGCAUUAUUGACUCCCUGGAGGAGCCAGAAAUCGUGUCCACUAUGCUUCUCCCAGCUUCUUGGUGGAUUAUGAACAACAACUGAUCAAGCAACGCUUCAACAUCAGAGAAAGCAUGAGAAGGAGGUGUUGACGUAAUCACCUCCGUCUCUUUUUGUUUUAAAACCUACUUUUCUUUUGUUCUUGUGGCAUGACAGAUCGUUUAGCAGUUUUACUUCAGAUAAAAAAAAGACUGCUCAUUAAAACUUGUUUUCUGUGUCAAAGUAAAACCUUGGAUUGAAAGAACUGAGGUGAAUGUUUUACUCCGCAGCCAGAAUCCGAUGUUCACUUCUUCACAUUCAUCGGGUCAUCUAAUGCUCCACAGUUACACGGAACAAUAGAAACAUAAUUCACAUAAAACAUGAAAAGCAUGACUUCUUAUUUCUUUGUGCUUGUUUCUUUUUCUCAAAGCUUCGUCUUAUGGUAGUCAUGGCGACAGCGAUGCAUCAAAAUCAGUCAUCAGCUGUGCAUUCAGGUUUUAUUUUUAUUCCUCAAUAGAACUGAAAACUGAAAAAGUGGGUUGAGUAAAUCUUCUUGUUCUCACUGUGAUUAUUGUGAUUUAUUGUCUCCUUUAAAGCUUUUUCUUUUUGCUAAUGGAUCUGAUCGAGACCAGAAAAGUAGGAAUCAUCAUGCACAAAGAUAAAUACUCGCUUAAUACAAAUAUGUAGAUUCUGUCUUUAACAUAGAAACAUAUUAUUUUAUUUCACUGUAACUGCACACACUUCCACCUCGUUGCAAUUAGAAAUUCUAUUUUUACUAUUUUUCUAACUUGAAGUGCAAUAUCGGUUUCGUUUCUAUCGCAAAGAUUCAAAGACUAUUAGGGCCACCCAGACGACACAAAAUACUAGCUGUGUAGGUGUUUUUGCCCCUGAUUGUUUAGUAUUUGAUUCCAUUUUUAAUCUCACAACUACACAAAUGUGGCUUUUUUUUCUCAACUUUUUGACCUUAUUCUUUAUUUUCUUUGUCUUCUGAGUAGUGAGUGCUAGUUAUUGAAUCUUUCCACCCUUCAGCUGCAGGAAAAAAAUAUUUAUUUUCACAAUGAUCUACUGAAAUCUGCACACAUCUGAGGCUGGAAAAUAAUUUAACAACAAUAUAUAUCAAUCAAUAGACAUGUGGUUCAACAGGAAAAAAAUGGAUCAACGAAAACUUCAAUAAAAGUUUCCUUUUUUCAUUAUAGCUUAUUGGGUAGCUUCAUACUAGAGACGUUACUCACACCCAACCAAUCAAAGACAGUUAUCGUCACCAAGCCCUAUCCUCUCAAGCCUGAGCAGACAGCAAAUGUGACUAACUAGAUGUUGCAGCAAGGAAAGGUGGAAGAAAUUGUCCAGAAAAAAGGUUACAGUACCUUACCGGGGUGGUGAUUUCGUCAUUCUGACAAGUCUGACAAAAAACAAACAACGGUGGUUUGCAACAAACAAGUCUGGUAAUGCAACCAACUUGUUUUUUCAUAAAGUAAUGGUCUCAGAUGGCCUGGGCUCUACUUAAAAUGUAUUUUAGACUUUUUUUUCACAUAUUUUUCAAUAAUUAUUGUUAUCGAUCAAUAUGAUUUUUUUAAUCGAUAAGCUUUUUUUCUGUAUGGUCCAGCCCUAACUUCCCCAAUGGAUUCCUACAGUUUGAUCAAAACAAAAAGCAAGCAUGCUGAUGUUGCUUGUGAGUCUUGCUUAAUCCCUUCAUAUGCAUUUGGUUUAAUGCAUAUAAAAUAUAAAAGUUAAAGUCAUUUAAAAGGAUCUCGGCUUUAGAGAAGCUGCAGCAUUAAACGUGUCACUCCUGCACUUUAGAAAACGACUAAAACAUGGACCUUAUUGUGACGAAUAGAGAUUUGAUUGUUUUUAUAAUUGAAUGUAGAAUCAAAGUUAUGAGAUUUGCACUAGUAAUUAAUAAUAUUAAUGAUUAUAAUAGUCAUGCAGUUUGCCUGUACUGUUUCUCUACUACAUAGACGUGCAGCUCAGAAGCCAUUAUCCUACAUUUGUAGCACAUAAUCAGAGAUUGUCUGUGGAGCACACACAUAAUGUUUUAAAUCUAAACAGAGUCUACUCUGUAAAGAACCUGGUGUUAAGAAGAUGUAGGACUGAUGUGAUUGUUGAUACUUAUCUGCUCAGUGUUUAUCUUUUUUAUGUGCGAUGUUAUGUGGGUAUUCUGUAAUGUUUUUUCUGGCAUGAAAUACAAUUUCAGAUGUUGAUGGCAAUAAAAAUUGAAGAGUUAA